AUGGCAACAUGUCUUGUUGCUUCAACUUCAAAGGUUGCAGGUGCUAUUGAAGUCAACCCCACUAGUGUGAUACCUAGUGGGGAAGAGAUAAAACUUCCGCACAAGUACCUGAGCACCAAUCUUCAAUAUUGCAGCGACCUCGGCAGAAUCGCAUUUUCCGAGGCACAGAACUCUAUGCACCGCCUACGAGGGUAUGCUGAGUAUAUGACCGAUACAGAUGGCUUGAUAUCCAACAUUCUCGAGAUGCUUGAGGAUGAAGACGCGGCCCGCUAUAACCUUCGAAUGGCUAUGGAGGAUCUCCAAGAAAAUGCGGAUCGUUGCAAAAAAGAAAUAAAUUCCAUCAAGGGAAAAUUCCAGAUGCUGCUGGACUUCAUCAUGGCUCUUCAAAAUACCGCGAUGGAGAAGCAAAAUGACACCCAAACUCGCCAAAAGCAGAACAACGACCACGUUCGCAGGAGAGACGAAGAGCGAAAAGCACAUAUCGCACACAUUGAGUCUUGUCGAGAAGAAGUGAAGAAGCUGCAAGAUGAAUUAUCGGCUGCACACGACGACUGGCGGAAAUCAAAGGAGGGGGUGGACUUACUUGCCCUAGUUUCUUCAUUGGAUGUUGUUGUGAGGUUAGAUGACGAAGUGAUCUUUAAAGAACCUGAGGUAGAAUAUGAGGCUCCACAAGAGAAAGUUGGCUAUGCCGUAGGUUUCAAGCACAGCGUGUUCGGGAAGUCUGCAUCAAGAAAAGCAAAUGAAGAACGUGAUCGUAUGGAGGCCAAAGAAGAUCACGAAAAACGACAGAAAAAUGAAAGGGCUCGGUAUGACGAAAAACUUGAGCAGUUGCUACAACAGCGGCAAUAUGAGCUAAACGUAGCCAAAGAGGAGGCUCAAGAGCGUUUGAAGACUGCUCAAACGACCCUCGAGAUGGUACAAACGAAUCUAGAGCGUGCAAAGACACAGCUCAGGGUUACGACAGAGCAACAUCUACAAGCAAAAUUAGAUCUAGAUGCUUCGCAGGCGGAUCUUGAAGCUCUCAAAAAUGAGAAGCUUGAGCUACAAGACAUUCUCGCCAUCAUAGAGUCCUCGAUCAAGUCUCUAAAACAAAUGAAACGGUACGUCGACGAUAUGUGUGGAUUCUUCCAAGAGGUUUCCACAGAAGUUCAAAACACGAUGGAUGGUCCAAUGCAAAAGUUUUUAUCUAAGAUCGAAAACGCUGCCGUCGCGUCAGGGAAUAGCAAGGGUUCUCACAAGAUUGAAAAUUUGAAUGUAGAUCAAGUUAACAAGGGGCAAUUAGUUCAAGCUGCUCUACGCCUUCAAGGUAAGUUGAGCAUUAUCGGCGAUGUAGCUGGAGUAUACGUCAGCAUUAGCAAGCUAUACAUAAAACCGGGGAUCAACAAGAUGGAGGGUUUAACUUACCUCAGCCAUUCGGAAUAUACCCUCCAGCUUGCUGAAUUUAAAGAGUAG